UUUAUCUUUGAAGAAAAACCAGACCAGCUGCGAGGAGGAGGGCUCCGGCGCUGCUCGAAUUUGUUCAAUAAAUUCUGUCUUCGGCCCGAAAUUCGGCCCAAAUCGCAGCCAUGGUGGUGACCAAUAGUUUCACUCUGCCCACCGAGGAAGAGCUGACCGUUAAAGAGGUCGACCUGAGCAGCCCAAUCCUUAUGGCUGGCGCUUUUCACUUGGGAAAAUACUGCGAAACCGUGUCAAAUGAGUUCAUGCUUUGCAAAAGUGAGACCGGUGACCCAAGGAGUUGUAUCAAGGAAGGGAAACUUGUCACAAGCUGCGCCAAUCAAUUCUUCAGUCAAAUGAAGAAGUUUUGCCGCGAUGAGAUUGAGCAGUAUGCUAAUUGUCUGCAAAAAUCCAGCGGAAACCUGGAAUAUUCUAAGUGCCGCAAAACGCAAGGCGUGUACGACAAGUGCGUGUUGGACAACCUUGGCAUCGAGCGACCAGAGUUUGGCUACUUCUGCAGAGUCAAGAUUCAUGACAGUAAGAGGCCCAAGCCCGCAAUUGAGAAGCCCAAGCUGUACCCUGACGCCACACCAGGCCUCCCUGAAGAAGCCGCUCAGCCUCCUGCGAAGUACGGACACAGGUUCUACUUGUGGUAGACAAAUUUAAAGGGGAAUUAUUGUUGUAUAGUAAUAUAGAUAUUGCUCCUUGAGAAAAUGUGCAGUGAAAUAAACUGAUACUUUGUUGAUCUA